CGUGCAUCUUGUUGAAGUCGCCGUCCCUGCCCUUUCCCCCUCGACAGCAGCCCAUAUUCCUCCCAGCUGCCGCCUGGCAGCAUUCCCGCAAUUCGGUAUGUGAGCGCCUUAUGGGAUGGCGCGCGCCCCUCAUCGCUUUCGUCAUGGGCUGGCACCACCCCUGGCUCAGCAGAAGCAGCGCUUCGAGGGUCGUCAGUUGCGUUGGGACAGCCGGAUAUCUGCUUUGCGAUUGUAUCAGCGCUCUCCGGUCGCCUUGCCUCUGUCGAUUGGAGGCCUGCGUGUCUGUCGCGGUAGCUGGCGCAUUCGUUGCUGCUCUCGAAACCCCUUUGGUGGGGUUUAGGAGCGGGGGAGCAAGCCUCACUUUGGGCCUUGUCGUAGAGUCAGCCCUGCGGCACUUGUUCCUGCCACGGUGCCUUUCUUGCGCAAAGAUUCACGUUUCUGCCUGGAUGAGGCUGUGGCUGUUGCCUUGCUCCUAAAGCCGGAUUUUCCUCCCAUUCGCAAUUUUCAUCUACCAUUUGCAUCUGCAUUACCUGUUGUUCAACUCCUAAACGAACCCACGCCUAUUGCAUUACGCCACCAC